AUGUCAAGUCGAAAGAACUCGGAUGAUGAGUUUGGAGAGGAAGUGUCCGAGGAGGAAAUGUUAGAAGAGGAAGAUGAAGAAGAAAAUAAUUCGCAGCAGGAAAUUCAAGACUUUUCUUCUUUAGCUAGUUCAAGCCAAUCUGAUACCACUAUUCAAAUUGCCAAUAUCGGAGAUGAUGACCGUCCAUCUUCGGAUGAUGAUGAUAACGCCUAUGUCAUGGGAAUUGAUGAAGCUGGAAGAGGACCAGUGAUUGGACCACUUGUUUAUGCCUCCAUGUUUUGCAAAACCAAAUAUAAUACUGAUAAUUUCUUGAGAAAGACAUUUAAAGUGAAUGAUUCUAAAAAACUGACUGCAAAAACAAGAAACACUAUUUUCGAUUUACUUCGCCAAAAUGCGAAAAUUGUGCAUUACAUGACGUGUAUCAUUACUUCUGAUGAAAUCUCUCACAAGAUGCUUUCUAGGAAAAAGUACAAUCUCAAUCUCAUUUCACAUGAUUGUGCCAUUCAUUUAAUUAAAACGGCCAGUGAAGCACUCAACAAAAAGGGAAAGUAUUUGAAAGAGGUCUAUAUUGAUACAGUGGGAGAUCCAACAAAAUAUCAAACCAAACUUCAAGAGAAAUUUCCUGAAAUUGAAAAAAUUGUGGUCGAUAAGAAAGCAGAUUCUAAAUAUCCAGUGGUUGGAGGAGCUUCUAUUGUAGCCAAAGUUAAACGAGAUGAAAUCAUUGAUUCCAUUCAAUCCAAGAAAUACCCCAAGCUCAAAAUGGGAAGUGGUUACACCUCUGACAAGUACACUAAGGAAUUCUUGAGAAAGACACUCGAUCCUGUAUUUGGAUACGAUCACCACGACGUACGAUUCAGUUGGGCUACUAUUAAAAAGCUAUUAGGUGACACGGCAGUGAAUGUAGAAUGGGAAGACGACGGUGACGAUGAUGAUAUGGGAGAGAAUGCUUUUGAGAGUCCCUACGCAACAAGAUCACAAACAAAACUUUCCUUCCACAUUGGAGCUGCAGAAACUCAAAGACAUCGAAUCGAUUUCAUGAGUAAUAGAAAAAUAGAGCUGGUCUCUGACUUUUAG